AUGGCAAAGGGGAUCUCGGUCCUCAAAUUCGUGGGCACCGUGUCCCUCGGGCUGUUGACGGCAAGUUUCUCCGUUAUUUCCUUCUGCAGCAAAGACGACGAAAAAAGCCCGGCUGCCCCUCCCCCUCCUCGAGUCGCAUGUUCGGCUGCAUCGCUUUCAGCCUCCCCGCCAGCUCAAAGCGACAGCUUCAGCUCUGCGGAAUUGGAGGGCGUCUCGUAUACCGUCUCCGCCGUCACUCUCCCAACUCUCCUCCAGCUCCCUUCGUCGUCUUCCGCCGCACACGCCCUAACCUCGCUGCAAUCUUCGUUGCGUCUCCCCGUUCUCGCUCUCUCGUCCCUGGCCGCCGCCCCGCUCUUCCUGUCGUUCAUCUGCUCCCCGCGAUACGCUCGCCACCCGUACCUCUUCUAUACGUCCGUUCUGGCCGUGCUGUCUGUUGUAGUGCCCGGAUACCUUCCACAGCCGGCUGCAACAGCUUCGAAGCCUACUGGCGCACGCAAGGCCACCUCAUCCAGAGCCCGGAUGGAAGCGAGCUAUGAGGUCUUGGGCGACUCGCACAGUGAGGGAGACCUGCCCAGCGAGUCUGAGCUGGAGGAUGUCAAUGGCGAGGAAGUCAGAGCCAAUGUUGAGGGUGCUGCGAGGGCAUAUCUCGUCAAGACCGGCUUUGCCGCUGCCGCCUUUGUGCUGUCUGUGGUUGGACUUUGGGGUGAUGGUGCUCCCCGAACUGUGCGUUACUAUUAG